UGGUGAAAAGACGUUCGAUAAGAGUAACUGCCAACGCGGUACUAACGGAAAACAGCAUUAAUAAAUAAAAUGUGUGUAGGCGUUACUGCUGCUACAAUGAAUGCUUAGUGUAAGUGCUUGUGUAGCUGCCCACUAAAUUAAAAAAUUAAUUAUUAAUUAAUUACUUGUCGCCAGUAAAGAGAGUACAUGCAUACACGUAUGUACAUACAUGUGUACAAGUCUUUCACGUGAACUCGGUAGCGUUUGCGUUUGGUGUCCAACUAUGUAUAUGUAUCAUUGAAAAGGAUUCGAAUGUGAAGCUAUGAGCGCGGAUUAUGUUAUAGAGAUAUUCGUAGUGUCUCCUGUGCAAGAGUAAUCGGAAUAAAUACAAUAUUAUUUCAGAAAUCCAAAUAUCUGGAAACUGGCAGAAAAAUCGUAACAAAAUCUCAAACCAAAGUUUAACUAAUUACUUGAAUCCAUGUGCUAGUGUGUGUUGCCCAUUAGUUAAGAGUUUGUGCUGGCUGGCUAAAGCAGCCGCCACACCCCGUACCCAUUCUUCAAUACCCUAUGCCUGGGAGAAAAAAGUUUUGAAGUGGUUGUGCAAAGUGCUGAGAAAUUUACAUGAGUCAAGGACGGUUCACUCGUUUUCGUGGCUCAGUCGCUUCGGCUCCGUGCGUGAUUCAGCGAGAAAAGCAGCAUAUUCUUGUUCAAAUGUACAGAGAUACGAGUAUAUGUACGUCUAUGUGUGUGUAUGCAUCAUUCAUGGAAUAACAAUAUCGAAAUUUGAAAGCGAGAAUGCACUGACAACUUGAAACGACGAUUUAAUGGACAAUCAUGUCAUAACUGCAAAUAAAAAAUAAUUUACGGUCACCACCUGCUGCAUCAAUAAAGUUAACCAACCCAAUUAAUAAGGUUAUGUGUCUUCAAUGAGGUGGGUCAAGCGAUUAACAUGUCUCAUGGUAUUUUGAAAACCCAAAAUUUGAGAAAUUUUAGGACAACAGUAAAAGACAAAAAACAUAUUUCCCACAAACUACUUCCCCAAAAAAUAGAAAUGCAUUAUUACUUCCCCAUCUUGAGAUGCAUAAACGGUUUGUCACAGACAAGCUACGCCGGCUCCUCUCCACCAAUGCCUAAAUUGCGAUUAAUUUUAAAAUAAGCGAAUAAAUUGUUCUGCAUUUACAUAGCUUGCGUGAACGAGGACUCGUAGUCCAACGCAUAAAAUCUACCAUGAAUUCCAUUGCAUCGAUUACUGCCCCAACAACCGUACAUAUAAAGAAAGUUCAGCGAAGACAAUUAGCCACCCCGUCAAGGGGCAGUCAAUGCUGUGGUAGAAGCCUAAUAGAAUUGGCGUUUAAGCGCUUAUUUGGGAAACGUUUGGAAGCGGACAGAGUUGCUAAGUAUUGCCUAGAGUUGCAGAAAAGAAAAUACACAACCCGGACAGUGGAAAAUAGAUUAACUAAGCUUAAGUCAAAAGUUUCAACAUCAACGUGUAGCGUGACGCUCUGGAGACUAGCCGUUAAAUAUAAACUGCGACAAGAUUCAGUGCACAUGAUGAUAAUAUUGUUUGCUGUGAUCAUGUCUGUUGUGAUAUCGGAAAAUACUGCUUUGGCAUCACAACGUGACUCAAUUAAACAGAAAAAUCCCAAUAACCUAAGCACUAAUUUAAAUGCCAUACCGACGGGAGGUGGAAUCGGAACAAGCGCCACUAAUGGAAAUUUCGCCAAUGGCAAUCCAAACAACAAUAAACAUGGCGGCAACGACAUUAGUAAUCAAAGAAACAAUACUACGACUGUAACCUCUGAUUAUGGCGGAAAUUAUCUUACGACCUCAGCGACGACUACUCAAAGUACCGCUACUGCAACUAUGACUGUGCCGAGCAACACCAGCAGUGCGGUCUAUAAUGGCACCGCUCAGAAGAAUAGUGGCGCCUUCCUUUCGGGCACAUCAGUGAUGAAUCGUAACACAAUUGAAUUGACUGAAGAUGCUCGUAAUGGACCUUACUUUGACAAAGCUGCGUCGAAAAAUAUAACAGCGCUUUUGGGAAAGACAGCGUAUUUGAACUGCCGGGUCAAAAACCUAGGAAAUAAAACGAUGUUGCUGCAAGUCUCCUGGGUACGGCAUCGGGAUAUUCAUUUAUUAACUGUUGGACGGUAUACAUACACAUCAGAUCAACGCUUCCGCGCAAUACAUCAACCCCAAACUGAAGACUGGAUUCUACAAAUAAAAUAUCCUCAACAUCGAGAUUCUGGCAUAUAUGAAUGCCAAGUAUCGACCACACCGCAUAUGAGCCACUACAUUCACCUGAACGUUGUUGAGCCUUCUACAGAGAUUAUUGGUGCGCCGGAUCUGUAUAUAGAAAGUGGGUCCACCAUAAAUUUGACUUGUGUCAUAUUGAAUUCCCCCGAACCACCUGCUUAUAUAUUUUGGAAUCACAACAACGCUAUAAUCAAUUAUGAUUCCCCACGUGGAGGGGUAUCGGUGGUAACAAACAAAGGCGAAACUACAACUUCCUUUCUUCUUAUAAAAUCUGCCCGGCCUUCAGAUUCGGGGCACUAUCAAUGUAAUCCAUCAAAUGCGAAACCUAAAAGUGUAACAGUCCAUGUAUUAAAUGGUGUUUCUCAUUCCGUUUCCAGGGGAAUUCCCAGCAGCAAUGCAGCGCGCGGGUCCAGCGUAUCUUCGAAUGUCCCAAAGUCGGUAUCUCCUAGUGUACCUGUCAAUGUACUUGUGCACCUUAGCGUAUACCAGAUGGUAUAUGCCGUUAUUGGCGACAACUGGCACCAGGAUAGCAAACAUGUGAAGCAUCUGUUUGAGUGGAUUCUAAGCGCAAUCGUGUUGCUGGCGACAGAGUUGCUUGGAAAACGACAAUUGAGACGAAGAAAGUGUGAAAAGUUUUACGACGAGUGCGGCUGCUACUUAAACGAUUUACAGCUCAAAUCAAAUGAAAGUCUUCAACAACAACAAAAAGCAACAGACACAGAACAUAAACAACGCAUCGUUGAAGAAACGCUUACGAGUUUAUUUCAAAAAUCAAACCCCUUUAUUACGGUAUACAGCCGAGUGUCGUCGUUACUUAAGAGCCUUUAUUCACUGCUCGGCAGACACAACUUCGAGCCGGAUAUAAGGUGAGUGCAUUUGAUUUGGUUAAGUCAUAUGCGUUCUUUGAAUGAGGGAGUAAUACAAACUCAAAGCAUUCGCACUAUACUCAACUGAAAUCUAUACUAUUUGUAUGACAAUGAAAUCUGUAUUAUUUCUUCGCGUUAAAGCAUUAGACAAAAUGGAGGAGUGCAUGUAAACUUACUCAUAAAUAAAAAAUAUAAAUAAAUGUAAAUAAUUAUAAAAUACACCUUAAACCACAUACAAUGAUAAGAUAUAGAAUAAAUCAUAAUUGAACGGCAAUAAAAAUUGUUUCAGUGUAGACUACAUUACAGAGUAAAAAUUCUAAACUUCUAAAAAAGUAUAAACCAAAAUUAAUAAAUAAAGUUCAUGAAAAUUACUACGCGUAAAUGUAAAGUAAAUGUUCUGCCGAACCAGAGGUUUUAUUAGGCAACAUUAUGCAACAUUAUUCCCCUUAGCUAUGUUUGUAUGUAAAUCAGACCUAAGUCUUCAUAGCGGUUCUCUACGAGAAUUUUGAUCUGGUUACCAAAGUAAACUUUUAAUACAAAUCAUAAAAUCACGUUUGAUAUACAUAUGUAUGAUGCUUGUAAUCAGCUCUAAGCUGUUAAUGAUGAGUUUGUUAUUUUAAUUAUUAUUAUUUUUGUUUCUUUGUUUUUAAAAAGAAAUAUAAACAAUAAUCAUGUGGAAAAUUCUUCAAGACAUUUUCUGGAAAACCCUAAACUACCAGAGUUGAGUCUCCCUUUAAAUUUGUGGGUAGAAGCAAGAACGACUAAAAAACUGUUAAGUUGAUUAUGCUGCCAUCAACAGCCUCCUUUACUGGUGCUCAACCAACGACACGAUUAAAAACAAAAAAAUUAACUCAACGAAGUGACUCUGUUUCGCCUCCACGCCAUAUGCAUAAAUAAACCCAAUUGGAAUCGAAAAUGUUCAAAGUGUAUGGGUAAUAUCCGCAAGAAACGAGCGUUUCGUAUCGGUUCAAAGCGCAAGAAAAUUUAUUUUGGCUGAACGAAACGGCAGACAUUUUUUGGGCAAUAUGAGAUCUGGCCUUAUGAUGCGUGUCCUACGGUACAUGGACAUUCCUAUAAAGACAUUAGGCAUACAAUUUCAGGAAAUGUUGGUACCAAUAAGAUACUUUGAAGCUGUAAGCUUUAGAUCUCGUUUCACUACCAUUUUUGAAAAAGUUUUAGAAAAACGAGAUUCU